AUGUCGGACGCUCUCUCCACUCCGGCACGGACCCAGCUCCGGGUCUCUGUUCUUGUUAAGGAGAUCUCCACUUUCCGGUCCAUAGACUCCGAAGCAUUAUUCAAGGAUGAUGAUGGUCCUGUUCCCAGCAAAGAGCUCUAUUUUCCGGUAAUUGAUCGUCUGAAAUUUGCUGAUAUUCGAAUCGUUGGUAGUUGCAAUGGCUUGAUAUGUCUACUAUUUGGUUGGUGUAUUCCGGUUAUUAUGUUAUGGAAUCCUUGCACUAGAGAAUCCAAAGUCUUACCAAAACCUCCUCUUGAGGACCAUUCCCUCUUCUGCCCAUUUUUUGGAUUCGGUUAUGAUUCCACAACUGACGAUUACAAGGUAAUAGUCGGUAAUUUUCGUGGCAUUUCCAGAAUCGGAUCAGGAUAUGAAGAUAUUGUACUUUAUACAGUAAUUACGGGUUCAUGGAGGAAGCUUCAGCGCCUGAAUCAUAAGCUGUUUGGUUAUGGCUGUUUAGUAAACGGUGCUCUACAUUGGGUAUGGCUGCUUUUGGUGAUUGCUAACAAGUUAAUGUCAUUUGACUUAACCGAGGAUAAAUUUCAUGAGAUUGCAUACCCAUAUUAUCCUAUUCCUAUUGGCAAGUAUAGAUAUUUAAUUGCAAGUGAAGGAAAAUUUAGAAAUUCUUUAUUCUCAUACUCAAGGGGACCUGGGUUAGAAUUUAAUAUGUGGGUGAUGAAGGAAGCCGGAGUCGAGAAAUCCUGGAACGAAGUCAUCAAAAUCCAAAGAGAGGUUCUGCCUGUACCUGCAGAUCAUGAUCUACUCUGGAGUCCCUUAUGCAUUUCUAAUGACGGUGUAACUUUGAUCAUCGUGCGUGAUGCAGCUGCUUAUGAUGAUCCAUGGUUCUUGACAUUAUAUAAUCCGAAGGAAAACUGA